GUUUAGCGGGGAAUCCCAGUAGCUGGAAAUCCCAGUAGCGGGGAAUCCCAACUGACACGUCACUUCAAACUCUGGUACAUUAAAUCACUCUCACUGCCUACAUUCACUUCCACGUAUUCACUGAACAAGGAGCGGAUAUCCAGUUUGUUGAUUAUUUCAUUGGAAAGCGAUCAUCUUCUCAAUAAUCAUGAAGAAGUUGGCUGCUCUGUUUCUCGUGCUUCUUGUCUUGAACACCGCCAAUGCCGGGGUGCUGUCAGACAUCGCAUUGGGUGUUGGAACAAUCGCAAUUGGAGCCGUUGCAGCACCUAUAGCGCUUACUGCUGUCGGCUUUACAACGGCCGGUAUUGCUGCUGGGUCAUGUGCCGCGGGAAUGAUGUCAACCGCCGCCACCACUGGGUAUGGCGCGAGUGUGGUCGCUGGGCUCCAAGCUGCUGGAGCAUCCGGUUAUGUGGCACCCACUAUGGGAGCCGUGGCUUCUGUCGUUGCAAAGGCUUUAUAUGAUAAUAAUUAGAAGUUAUUCUUUUUGGAGAUUACAAUUUUUGAUGUACCAUACUUCCAUAGGUCGCCCUUUGCUUAAUCUAAGUUAAUCAAACCGUCAUUUUAGCCAAUACAAUUUAAUUUUGCACAUACCCUAUGUCGAUCUUCCCGUUGUACCCUAAUCUUAAAAGUUAACCUCUCAUGCAGAUAUAUCUCUAUGUUAGAACAUUGCAGUUUCCAUUUCAUUGAUUUGUCUGCUUUCUGUUUCAAAAAGUUGUAUCUGCUGUACAUGUAUUCUCAACUGUUUUCAUUAACUGUAUUAAUAUGUAAAGCGUCAAAAAUUAUUAUGAGCCACACUAAUAUUAUCUUAACUAUCGUUAUUGUAAUUAUUAUUAUUAUUAUCAUCAUCAUGAUUUUGAAAUAAUAAUUCGCAUUUUGCACAAUAGCUUCAAGAAACUUUGACUCAUCUAACUGACAUAAUGACAAAGCCCCGAACUGUCGAGGGAAGGGACCAGCAGACAGAAAUUCUCCGACAAGCAAGAGAACAAACACGUAUAAUAAGCACAACGUAACUCUAGUUUAUGCCGGAUUUGAUUUGGGUGGGGAAAGGAUGCAGGCCCCUGCUCCUGAAUCCUCCUAGUUGAACCAGAUACAUUUUUAAAAUAAUAAAGGCGUGUAGAUAUUCCUCUUUCAUUAUUCCAUAAUUAGAGUGCACAAUAUUAUUGUUAAAUGAAA